UUGGGCUUUCCGUUUGUCAGUCGGUGUCCAUGUGUAUAAAUGUCUUUUUUUUUUUUUUUGGGUUUUCGAUUUUCGGUUUUUUUUUUUUUGUUCAAAACAUAUAAUCCAUUCCCAUUCUCUCUCCUGAAUUAAAAUCCCGGGGUUUUCCAUGAAACCCCAAAGCCAAAAAUCGCUCUCUCAAACCUCUUUCCAUCAUUUUCCCGAGAAAAUCAAUCCAAACCCUCUCACAUUUGUCUACUCACUUUAUCUUUGAUUUGAAAAUUUACCUCUACCUUAAUUGUCUCAAUCCAAAGACUACUCUCUAUUAGGUUUUAUUUCAAGGAUCCAGGGUUCGACAAGUUUUUAGACAAGACAAGUAAUUAGGGUUGUCGAUUGAACGAAAGGGAGCGAGAUAUGGGGAGCGUGGAUCGAGUUGAGGAUCGGACAUUUAGGGUUAAUUGCACAGGAGAAGGAGGGGCUAAGUUGAGAGAGAAAGUGAGGGAUAAGCUCAAGGAGUUUAUGGGCGAUUAUACUGAUGAUACUCUUGUGGAAUAUGUGAUUGUCCUGCUAAGAAAUGGCAGGCGGAAAGAAGAAGCUAGAAAUGAAUUGAAUGUCUUUUUGGGGGAUGACAGCGAUUCUUUUGUAUCUUGGCUGUGGGAUCACUUGGCUUCAAAUUUGGAGUUGUAUGUGCAGCCUCAGGAGGCUCAUACAAGUGAUGUGCUCAAAACAAAACCUACAUUGGGAGACCAGGCUGGGCAAAAUGAAUCUCAUAAUAUUGAUUCUGAAUCUGGAAAAGGGAAAUCUAACAACUUACCUAGAAGUCGACAAAAAAGAGAAUGGAAAGGUUUAAUGCGGGAUGCAGCUGAACCGCCUCCUCUUCGAAGCUCGGAGGUUGAAGUUACACGUUUUGAGGAAAGAAGUCAUCACAAAGCAAGCCAUACAAGACGAUCUUCACCUCCGCAAUCUCCACAGCAGAAGAAAAGAAGUAGGCAGGAUGAGCGACAAAACAUGAAGAGGGAGGCAGUUUCUCAAACAACCAUUGAUGCCCCUCGGCGACUACUUCAAUUUGCAGUGCGAGACGCUGUAGGAACUUCGAGGCCAUCUAGUCUGGUAAAAGAACCCUCUCUAAAGCGGCUUCGUUCUGUGGUGUCUACAGCUGCAGGAGAAUCAUCAAUGGUUGAUCGACCUAGGAGGAUUCAAUCGAUUGCUAGAGUUCCAAAUCCGAUGGCUACUGUAAUUAAAGCUGUGCAAGAAGCAGCCGAAGAUGUAAAAGUCAAGUCUGCAAGAAGUGUGUUUGACCGACUUGGUGUCGAAAUGCCGGUAUCAGAUACCAUUGAACAAGCCAGAGACAUUGGAGAUGCAGCUGCUGAAGAUGAGGAAUAUGAAGAAUUUAACCAAAUUCCGGAGCAGACCCACUCAAUCAACCUUCACAGACAUGAUUAUGCUGGACAUAGAGCGAAUGUUGGUAUGCUGGAGAGUGAAACCAUGUUGGCUGAUGACUAUAUGCCUGAUAAUGAAGGCUAUGAUGAUGUUGAUGUUAUGAGUGACAGAGUUAUGGAUGUUUCUGAAACUGGCACGUCUGGUGGAAAUAAGAGGGAGGAUUCACUAAUGUUACAGUACAGUGUAGCAAAGAAUGCAGAUGAUGUGAUGCGAAUAACUCGAAGUAAGGAUCAGGAUCAACCUGUUGCAGCUGCAAAACCUUCAGCAAAUAUUUCUACGAAUCUAAAUACCUGGAAGCAACAUCAUUAUCAGGAAUCAAGAGGGUUUGCAGAAAUGGAUAAUUGGAAAUCUGUCAAGGGGAAUGAAGCAGAUGCAGGGAAGUCUGUUGUAAGAGUAAUGAAGGAGAAUAGCAAUCCUGUCAUGGUUGGUAAUGGAAAUGCAAAACCAGUUACUGAUGCACAGAAAGAAUCUCAGAAGACACUGCAAUCUGUGCCCGGUUCUUAUACUACUGGUCGUCCAUUAGAGGAUGCUGAUUCACGGACCAUUUUUGUUAGCAAUGUUCAUUUUGCUGCCACUAAGGACAGCCUUUCUCGGCAUUUUAAUAAGUUUGGGGAAGUGCUCAAGGUUGUUAUUGUUACUGAUGCAGCAACAGGGCAACUGAAGGGGUCAGCUUAUGUAGAAUUUAUGCGAAAGGAGGCAGCAGACAAUGCAUUAUCUCUUGAUGGUACAUCUUUUAUGUCGCGGAUUCUUAAGGUUGUGAAGAGAAGCCCUGCUCACCAAGAAGCUACUCCUAUCAUGACAUGGCCUCAUAUUGCGCGUGCCUCUCCAUAUGCUACUGCUCGGUUCUCCAGAGCUCCUUUUCCUAGAGGUAUUCCAAGUUCAUUUAGGCCCCGUCUUCCUAUGAAACCUGGUGCUAGAAGUUUGCAGUGGAAGCGAGAUGCUCAAGGCAACAACCCAGCUGAGAGUGGUGCUCCAGUCUCAGGGAACAACAGUCUUGUGUCCCCUACUGCACGCAGCCUCACCUAUAUCCGAACUGAGCCUAAGCCUGAUGGGAAUUUAGGUACCAGCUAAUCAAACAAUUCAAAUUUUCCUUCGCUGGGGUUAUAUAUUGCAUCAGACUGCAUCGAAAUGUCAAAGUCAUGACUGCAGCAAAUGUUUUGAUAAUGCGGCAGAUAUGAACCCUGUAGAUUCUCUUGCCCUUGAGAGAAUCAUUCUUCUGUAUAUGGAGGACAUUUUCCAGAAUUGGUGAAUAUCCUAAGGAAUAGAUUGAUUCAGAAGAGUUCCUGUUUUAGCAAAUAUAUUUGGGUUCUUUUUUUGGGGCUGGUGGUAAGAAACAAGGGACUCUUGGCUGCCUGGUUGUCUGGCCCCUGAGUUAUUUUAUACCAUCAGAUGGAAAUUUGUGAAUAGGAUGGAUGGGUAGUUCAUUUCUUUUUGUUUGAGGGAUUUUUUUCCAGCU